ACAUCCUGGUCUCCACAGAGGAGUCCCGUUCUUCUGGAAGACAGCAACAUUGGCUUUUUCUGUGUGCUCCGUGAACUGUUACGAACAAAUGAACAGCUUGUUAGUUAGCGGAGAUUAUUCAUUCUAGACUCUAGCUUUGUACAGUGCAGGCAGUAGUGUAUACAUCAGUCUCGUUUGGUUCGUGAAUUGUUUGCAAGCGCUGCGUCCACUGGGUCAUAACGUUACUCAAAUUGCGCCAGAGUGGCAACUGCAAAGAAACGUCCUCUCUCGGGAGGUGAAGCUAUGGAUACCAAAAAAGUGAAAGACCGUGCUGGCAAACCACGCGUCGCAGCAGUGAUUCUUGCAAGAGGAGGCAGCAAAGGAAUACCACUGAAGAACAUAAAAAUGCUCGCCGGCGUUCCUCUCAUUGGUUGGGUGCUCCGGGCUGCCGUUGAUUCGGAAUUGUUUGACAGCAUUUGGGUUUCCACUGACCAUGAUGAAAUUGAGAAAGUGGCGAAGGCAUGGGGUGCUCAAGUACAUCGUAGGAGCCCAGAGGUGUCUAGAGACUCAUCCAGCUCCUUGGAGACCAUUCAGGAGUUCGUUAGACUAAACCCAGGAGUUGACAUCAUAUGCAACAUCCAGGCUACGGCUCCCUGCCUGCAUCCUCACCAUCUGAAGCAGGCGCUGGGGAAGAUCACAGAAGAAGGAUUCGAGUCGGUCUUUUCCGUCGUCCGCCGACAUCACUUCCGCUGGCAAGAGGUCAAAAAAGGAGUGAGCGUUUCUACGGUGCCCCUGAAUCUGGACCCCAGCAGAAGGCCCCGUCGGCAGGACUGGGACGGGGAGCUGUGUGAGAACGGCUCAUUCUACAUCACCUCCAGGGAUCUGAUUGAGAAGGGCAUCCUUCAGGGUGGUAAGGUGGCCUACUUUGAGAUGGGGGGGGAGUACAGCGUGGACAUUGAUGUUGAUAUCGACUGGCCCGUGGCAGAACAGAGAGUGCUCAGGUAUGGCUACUUCGGCAAGGACAAGCCUGAGGUGGUUCGACUGCUGCUGUGCAACUUGUCCGGCUGCCUGACUGACGGCCAGAUCUACAUGUCUGCGGACGGCCUGGAGAUGGUCUCCCUCAACACCCGGGACAGCCUGGGCAUCCGCAUGCUGCAGAAGGAAGGAGUGGAGGUGAUUGUCCUCUCCUCCAGUGACAACCCCAUCCCCAAGCUCAUGGGAGAGAAGCUGUCGAAGCAGAUCGGCUGUGAGAUCAGGCACAACGUGGAGGAGAAGCUGACGGAGGUGGAGAGGCUGAGGAAGGACCGAGGUCUGGUGUGGAAGGAGGUGGCCUUUAUGGGUAACGAUGAACCAGAUGUGCACUGUCUGAACCUGGCUGGCCUGAGUGCAGUACCGCUGGAUGCACCCUUGGUGUCGCUCAACGCUGCCAAGUACACCUGCCACAGCGCCGCCGGACGUGGAGCGCUCCGCGAGUUCGCCGAACACAUCCUCCUGCUCAAGAAGAAGGCCAAGUCCCAGAUGGAGCAGGAUCGCAUUCACCGCGACACCUUCUAGAGCAGAGAGGGGGCCUUUUAUCACGAGACACUUUCUAGAGCAGAGAGGGGGCCUUUAAUCACGAGACACCUUCUGUCUUCUAACCCCAUACAACCCGUGGUUUUAUAAUCAGAAAGAGGCGUGGUUUAAAUCCAGAGAGAAAAAAAAGAACUUGAUUGACAAAGGCCUUGAGGGGAAGAAACACCAGUCUGUGUUGUAACAUGUUUAGUAACUGUAACAGCUUUUGUUGUGUUUAUCCAAAGACAAAACGGUACUUUGCCAUGACCUGUUAUCCUUCGGGUCUUUGGGAUUCGGAACACAAUUGUGCAAUAAGAAUCACUACAGUUCUACACACUCAAGUCAAACAACUUUUACUUAGGAAUGUUGGGGGGGGGACUUAUUAUUAUUAUUAUUUCUUGACUUAAUUUGUAGCAUGUGACAUGAUUUCUGUGUCCCAUUGAUUUACACAGAGAGGAAGCCUCUAGUGAGGACAGGAGUUGAUGUGUGUUUUGUUGCUCAGCAAAUGCCCAGUAACUUGGUCAUACAUCUGUCUGGCUUGAUUAGCGCAAAUAAUAGGAAAAAUAAUCGCAAAAUAAUCGCAAAAUAAUCGCAAAAGGUUAGUGCAGCCAUCUACGGGAUACAUGAUAUUACCGCUUCUGAAUGGCAGAGGGCCACACAUCACAAACAUGAGUAUGUGAAACUUGGUUGAUUGCUGAAUUCUGCUUUGCCCUUGAUUUUCUUGGUGUUAUUGUAUUUCUUGCGACCUUAUUGUGUGUUAAGCCACUUCUGAUAAUAUUUAUAUCAACAUCUGAAAAUAUGCUAGUAGUAGUCUCAGUGUGAUUACAAACUCGGGUGUUAUGAAGAAUGAACCUUGCUUGCAGUGUUGCUGUAAGCAUGCAUGGACAAAUUAAGUGUGUAGGUUAUUCAGUCGAUUUUUUUUUUUAUCAUGAUUUCACCAAAACUCUGUGAAACAAUGCCAGAGAUACUGGCCAAUGUACUGUUUUUUUUUUAAAACAAGUUGUUAUUGAACAUUCAUUUUUUUUAUUCGGUACAUAGCUGCAAAUCAACACACACACACAAACACACAAACCUAAAAGUCUACUAUGUUUAAUCUGUACUUUGUUUGAAGAUAAAUCUGCGUGAGGUAAAAUCGACUAUUGCAUAUUAGUAAUGAAGAUGUCAGGAGUACACAUUAGCAUUAAAAUAUGUAACAUUCAGUCUUGAAUUUGUCAUAUUGGUUAUUUGAAUAAAAACAGUUCAGUUCA